GCGGUAAUGCAGCUUCACGUUGGUGCCUCCCGCCAAUAAACCACAAGAAGAAGAAGAAGAACAAGGAAGAAGUGCUCUGGUCAUGUAAUGGCAACAUAACGAAGCUUCCAGAUGCCGGUUUGACCGUUACUCUAGCAGAGAUGAGCGUUCCCUGUUUAGCAUCCGCCGCUGCCCGAAGUUUCUGUCUGCCGGGCCCCGCAGCAGCAGCCGGUCUGAUCUGCUGGCGGUUUCUAGGGUCCAGUUCUACCCACAGAAGAACUAUGUCCUCCAAAAGACAAAUGGACCACCUAGAAAGAACAUCGAGUAACUACAGACAAAAUGCCCUGUAUCCAGCUCAGGUGUGUGGAAUUACAAGCGAGUCAGAAACAGUGAAAAGACUAAGAAUAGCCGUCCCACCAGACUUUGUCUUCAAAGCAGGACAGUGGGUGGACUUUUUCAUCCCAGGUGUGGAGAAGGUUGGAGGAUUUUCCAUGUGCUCCAGUCCGGCUUUACUGCACAGGGAGGGGGUCAUUGAACUGGCUAUCAAAUACACAAAACACCCCCCAGCACACUGGGUCCACACCAUGUGUGCUGUGGGUUCCCGCGUGGCAGUGCGCGUCGGUGGGGACUUCUUCUUUGACCCGUCACCGUCCGACCCUCCUGUAGAUCUGCUGUUGGUGGCUGGUGGUGUAGGAAUCAACCCUCUUUAUUCCAUUCUGUUGCACGCAAAAGACCUGCUGCAUCUCAGCCAAGCGUCAGCCGAUCGGGGCUGCAACAUCGGCUCCACUCACCUCUGCUACAGCGCCAAGAACACACAGGAACUGCUCUUCAAGACCUCCAUCAUUGAGGCGUGCAGGGAGUUUCCUGACAAGAUCUCCUGCAGCUUCCAUGUCACGCAACAGAGCGCCGACGUGGACCCACAUCUUCAGCCAUUUGUCAAAAGUGGAAGAAUCACAGAGGAGGAGCUUGAAGCUUCUGUGGACCCACAAAGGACUUUGUGUUAUUUGUGUGGACCCCCACCCAUGAUCGAGGCCAUUUCUGAAACCCUCACAGACCUCGGACUUCCAAAAAACCGGAUCCUGUAUGAGAAGUGGUGGUAGAGGCGCAGGUUAUGUAGCUUUUUAAGUUGUCAGGAUAUUUAGGAAAUGGGGAAAAUUGUCGAAAUUUCUCCCCCACUGCCCAACUAACCCACCAACUACUUCACUUUUUAUUCAACUGAAACAAAUGCAUCCUUGUGAAGAAUAUAUGAUUUGUUUGCACGCUGCUACACCUUCAGACGGAAGGCUUCUCCUGAUGAUUACCAACAAAUAAAAUUGUAGUUUCUGAAUGAUAAAAAUGCAAGUGUUUUUAUGAAGGGUUGUGUGUUAAGAAAAAGUUGCAUUUGGAUGGAAAAUACUAAAUGUAAGCUUAGUAGAGAUGAAGAACUUAUUUUAAUCUGAUUAAAUGUAUUUAUAUUAAAUAUAGUGACAUGUCAACUUACUUGUGCAAAAGCAACAAAUGUUCACUCUUUAAAAAACAGUUUUGAUCACUCAUUUUAGUAUUUCGGUUAUAUGAACACACAGUGCUUAUCUUCAGUACAGGUUGUUUGUUACACCAACCUACAUUCCAACAAACAGUUUCUCAUCCCGGGGUGGAGCAAGUAUCCCAUGGUGCCCUGUAAUGGAACCUCCAGGAGGUCUCUGAUUGGCUUGGAUCACUGAACAUCCCUUGGAGACGACUGCGAGCUCCGUGUCGUCUUCUCUCGGCAGGCGCUUUGCCGAUGAGUCCCGUCUCAUCAUUUCGUCUUGAGAUGAAAACUCUUCAUGAUUCAACAGGAAAUUGAAAUAAACGUUCAAACAAC